AUGGCGCAACCAGGUCCGAUCACGGACGUGACGCAGAGGCUAUUCGUUGAGCUGAAAUCGAAGAACGAGGAGAGCAGGGUCCGAGCUGCCUAUGAGCUCUACGAUAAUGUUCUUUCUGUGUCGAGAGAUUGGCCUUCGGAGCGAUUCGUGGAAUUCUACAAUACUGUCAGCCAACGCAUCGCUCAGCUGGUGGUUACCGGCAACGACGCAAAUGAGAGGAUCGGCGGCCUGCUAGCGCUCGAUCGGCUUAUUGAUUUUGAUGGAGUGGACGCUGCACAGAAAACGACUCGCUUUGCCAGCUACCUGCGCAGCGCCCUUCGCAGUAAUGAUAAUGUGGUCUUGGUCUAUGCCGCCCGGUCGCUCGGCCGUCUGGCAAAGCCUGGGGGAGCUCUCACAGCAGAACUGGUGGAAAGUGAGAUCCAGUCGGCUCUAGAAUGGCUGCAGUCAGAGCGCCAGGAGAGUCGUCGUUUCGCCGCGGUGCUUGUCAUCCGGGAACUGGCGAAAGGCUCGCCCACGCUUCUCUAUGGCUUCGUGCCGCAGAUCUUCGAGCUCGUCUGGGUUGCCCUUCGCGAUCCCAAAGUUCUCAUUCGGGAGACUGCUGCGGAAGCAGUGGGCGAAUGCUUUGAAAUCAUCGUCGCGCGCGAUGUUCAAGUGCGCCAGUCAUGGUUUGCCAGGAUACACGAUGAGGCACUUUUGGGCUUGAAAUCCCACAACGUGGACUGGAUUCAUGGAUCAUUGUUGGUCCUCAAGGAGUUGAUUCUCAAGGGCACGAUGUUCAUGAAAGAGCAUUACCGGGACGCCUGUGAGAUUGUUCUCCGUCUUAAAGACCACCGGGAUCCCAAGAUUCGCACCCAAGUUGUCCUCACCAUCCCAAUUCUCGCAUCCUACGCCCCUGCCGAAUUCAUCGAGAUUUACUUGCACCGAUUCAUGAUUUAUCUCCAAGCUCAACUGAAGCGCGACAAAGAAAGGAAUUCUGCUUUCAUCGCCAUCGGGAAGAUUGCGAAUGCUGUGGGCCCAGCCAUUGCCCAAUAUCUGGAUGGCAUCAUCGUCUACAUUCGCGAGGGACUUGCCAUGAAAUCGAGGAAUCGAACAGGCGUCAACGAGGCGCCCAUGUUCGAGUGCAUCAGCAUGCUCUCGUUGGCAGUGGGCCAAGCGCUCAACAAAUACAUGGAGGCGCUGCUUGACCCGAUCUUUGCUUGCGGACUCAGCAAGUCGUUGACGCAAGCUUUAGUGGAUAUGGCUCACUACAUCCCGCCAAUCAAGCCUACCAUUCAGGAGAAGCUCCUCGACAUGCUGAGUAUCAUCCUAUGCGGAACACCAUUUCGACCCCUUGGGUGCCCCGAAAACCGUCUACCUCCGAUGCCGUCUUUCGCGAAAGACUUUGCACCCCACGAGCUCCAUUCUGAUUCCGAUAUUGCACUGGCUCUUCACACAUUAGGGAGCUUCGACUUCUCCGGCCAUAUAUUGAAUGAAUUUGUGCGUGAUGUGGCCAUCAAUUACGUCGAGAACGACAACCCCGAGAUUCGCAAAGCUUCAGCCCUCACAUGCUGUCAAUUGUUCGUUCAUGACCCGAUUAUCAACCAAACCAGCGGACAUUCCAUUCAGGUCGUCAGUGAAGUCAUUGACAAACUCUUGACUGUUGGGGUCGGAGACCCUGACCCUGAAAUCCGGCGCACUGUGUUAUGGUCAUUGGAUCGCAAAUUCGAUCGUCACUUGGCACGACCGGAAAAUAUCCGGUGCUUGUUCUUGGCGGUCAAUGAUGAGGUAUUUGAGGUCAAAGAAGCUGCCAUAUGCAUCAUUGGUCGACUCUCUAGUGUCAAUCCUGCUUAUGUCUUCCCACCGCUGCGGAAGUUGCUGGUCAAUCUUCUGACGGGACUGGGGUUUGCAAACACGGCCCGCCAAAAAGAAGAAACCGCCCAGCUCAUCAGCCUGUUUGUCUCAAAUGCGACCAAGUUGAUCAGAUCCUACGUCGAUCCUAUGGUCACAGCUCUGUUGCCCAAAUCGAUUGAUGGCAACCCUGGUGUCGCUGCCACUACAUUGAAAGCCGUUGGCGAACUUGCCAAUGUCGGUGGCGGGGAGAUGAGACGAUACCUGCCACAAAUAAUGCCCAUAAUCCUGGACUCGCUGCAGGACCUUUCUUCGCAUGCCAAGCGGGAAGCGGCGUUGCGAACGCUGGGACAGUUGGCUAGCAACUCGGGCUACGUGAUUGAGCCAUAUCUCGAGUAUCCUCAUCUGCUCGCCGUGCUCAUCAACAUCACCAAGACCGAGCAAACUGGUUCACUACGGAAGGAGACUAUUAAGCUUCUUGGUGUCCUUGGUGCCCUUGAUCCCUACAAGUACCAGCAGAUCAGCGAGAUUGAACCUGAUGUUCAUCAUAUCAACGAGGUCCAGAAUGUCUCGGAUGUUGCUCUAAUAAUGCAGGGACUCACUCCGUCCAAUGAGGAAUACUAUCCCACGGUGGUCAUCCACACUUUGAUGCAGAACAUUCUUCGAGAGAAUUCCUUGGCUCAAUACCACUCGGCCGUCAUCGAUGCCAUCGUCACUAUUUUCAAAACUCUGGGUUUGAAGUGUGUGCCGUUCCUCGGUCAGAUCAUUCCGGGGUUUAUCUCUGUGAUCAGGGGCUCUCCUGCAAGCCGUCUCGAGUCUUACUUCAAUCAAAUGGCGAUUCUUGUUAACAUUGUGCGACAACACAUCCGCGCUUUUCUGCCUGAGAUCAUCGAAGUGAUCCGUGAGUUUUGGGACGCCUCAUAUCAAGUGCAAGGGACCAUCUUGUCCCUGGUCGAGGCCAUUUCCAGAUCAUUGGAAGGAGAAUUCAGGAAGUACCUCGCCGGUCUGGUUCCUCUGAUGCUGGACACCCUUGAUAAGGACUCCACCCCUCGUCGCCAGCCAUCGGAGAAGAUCCUGCAUGCAUUCCUGAUCUUUGGGUCAAGUGGAGAGGAAUAUAUGCAUCUUAUCAUUCCUUCUAUUGUGCGCCUGUUUGAUCGGUCUCAGAACCCUCAGAGCAUUCGGAAGUCUGCCAUUGACAGUUUGACGAAGCUGUCUCGGCAAGUCAAUGUUUCUGACUUUGCAUCCCUCAUGGUUCAUUCCCUGUCACGAGUUGUCGCCAGCAGCGACCGCGCACUGCGUCAAUCUGCCUUGGACUGCAUCUGUGCACUCAUCUUCCAGCUUGGCCAGGACUUUACACACUACAUCCAUCUCUUGAACAAGGUUCUCAAGCAGCACCAGAUCAACCAUGUCAACUACCAAAUCCUCGUGACCAAGCUGCAAAAAGGGGAUCCGCUUCCACAGGAUUUGAACCCCGAGGAAAACUACGCUUUCCCGGCCGAUGACACCAGCUUUGCGGAGAUUGGUCAAAAGAAGAUUGUUGUGAACCAGCAGCAUCUCAAGAAUGCGUGGGAUGCAUCACAGAAAUCCACCCGCGAGGACUGGCAGGAAUGGAUACGCCGCUUUAGCGUUGAGCUUCUGAAAGAGUCCCCGUCUCCAGCACUGCGAGCAUGUGCUAGCUUGGCUGGUAUUUACCAACCGCUGGCACGAGAUCUUUUCAACGCGGCGUUCGUGUCAUGCUGGACCGAACUGUAUGACCAAUAUCAAGAAGAGUUGGUCCGGUCGAUUGAGAAAGCACUUACCUCGCCGAACAUCUCGCCCGAGAUUCUGCAGAUUCUGCUUAAUCUUGCCGAGUUCAUGGAACACGAUGACAAGGCUCUUCCCAUUGACAUCCGCACCCUUGGCAAGUAUGCCGCCAAAUGCCAUGCCUUUGCCAAAGCUCUUCACUACAAGGAACUCGAGUUCGAGCAAGACCAGAAUUCGGGUGCUGUUGAAGCCUUGAUUACUAUCAACAACCAGCUUCAACAAUCUGACGCCGCCAUCGGUAUCCUCCGCAAGGCACAGGCAUACCGCGACGUGGAGCUUAAGGAAACAUGGUUCGAGAAGCUCCAGCGUUGGGACGAAGCACUUGCUGCUUACAAACGACGUGAGAGAACCGAUCCAGAUUCCUUUGGCAUUACAAUGGGCAAGAUGCGGUGUCUGCAUGCCCUUGGCGAGUGGAAGGUUCUUUCGGAUCUUGCACAGGAGAAAUGGAACCAAGCGUCCCUGGAUCAUCGCCGAGCCAUUGCCCCUCUUGCAGCCGCGGCGGCUUGGGGUCGAGGCCAGUGGGAGUUGAUGGAUUCUUACCUUGGUGUUAUGAAGGAACAGUCCCCAGACCGCUCCUUCUUCGGUGCCAUUCUGGCUAUUCACCGCAACCAAUUCGAUGAAGCAAACAUGUAUAUUGAGAAGGCACGCAAUGGGCUCGACACUGAGCUGUCGGCUCUUCUUGGGGAGUCGUACAAUCGUGCCUAUAAUGUCGUUGUCCGUGUCCAGAUGCUGGCGGAACUCGAGGAGAUCAUCACCUACAAGCAGAAUGUCGGCGACCCCGAAAAGCAGGAGGCCAUGCGUCAAACUUGGAAUCAACGAUUGCUCGGAUGCCAGCAGAACGUUGAAGUGUGGCAGCGCAUGCUCAAGGUCCGGGCCCUUGUGACUGCUCCGCGGGAGAACCUGGAUAUGUCAAUCAAAUUUGCCAAUCUCUGUCGCAAGUCCAACCGUAUGGGUCUCGCGGAACGAUCUCUCGCAUCGCUGGAAACGGUGGUUGUUGACAGUAAUGGUACACGUACCAUUGCACCUCCCGAAGUCACAUACGCUCGGUUGAAGUUCAGUUGGUCAAGUGGACACCAGCAGGAUGCCCUCGAGAUGCUGAAAGAUUUCACAUCUGGGCUGACCGACGACUUUUCCCGGUUCAAUACUCUCAUGGUAUCACAUGCAGAUCACCAUGGAAUCAACGGCGUCAACGGCAUUGCAGACCCGACCCACCCAGAUGCAAUCAGUCUCCGUGAGCGCAUCGGCGAUGCUGGAAAAUUCAGAAAGCUUCUUUCGAAGAGUUACCUCAGACAGGGCCAGUGGCAGACAGCUCUCCAGAGAGGAGACUGGAGGCCUGAACAUGUUCGCGAUGUCCUGAGUGCAUACUCAGCGGCUACCCAGUACAACCGGGACUCAUAUAAGGCGUGGCAUGCGUGGGCGCUCGCAAACUUCGAGGUUGUCACGACCAUUGCCAGCCAAGCAAGCCGCGAAACCCCCUCCGUGCCUGUUCCCGCACAUAUCGUGACAGAGCAUGUCAUUCCUGCCAUCCGUGGAUUCCUUCGAUCUAUUUCCUUGUCCUCAACAUCCUCACUGCAAGAUAUCCUGAGAUUGCUUACUCUUUGGUUUACCUACGGCGGCGAUCAUGAAGUCAACACAGUCGUCACAGAAGGAUUCACGGCGGUGAACAUCGAUACUUGGCUUGCCGUCACUCCACAGUUGAUUGCUCGAAUCAACCAACCCAAUAUCAGGGUCCGGGGUGCCGUCCACAGGCUGCUUGCCGAGGUUGGCAGAACACACCCGCAAGCCCUGGUGUAUCCGUUGACCGUGGCUAUGAAAUCGAACGUGGCCCGACGUUCUCAGUCUGCCAGCAACAUAAUGGAGAGCAUGCGGCAGCAUAGCGCCAAACUAGUCGAGCAGGCGGAUCUUGUGAGUCAUGAAUUGAUCCGGGUCGCGGUACUGUGGCAUGAGCUUUGGCAUGAAGGUCUUGAGGAGGCGUCUCGCCUCUACUUUGGUGAUCACAAUGUCGAGGGCAUGUUUGCAACCCUUGCACCACUUCAUGAGAUGCUGGACAAGGGCGCCGAGACACUUCGUGAGGUAUCGUUCGCACAGGCUUUCGGGCGCGAUCUCGCCGAGGCUAAACACUACUGUGUGUUGUAUCGCCGAACCGAAGAAAUCGGCGAUCUGAACCAAGCGUGGGAUCUUUAUUAUACUGUCUUCCGCAAGAUCAGCCGGCAGCUGCCGCAGCUGUCGAUUCUCGAUCUCAAAUAUGUCUCGCCCCGAUUGAAGGAUUGCUCAGACCUCGACCUUGCUGUUCCCGGAACAUACCAAAGCGGCAGACCUGUUAUCCGGAUUAUGAGCUUCGACCCGAUCCUGCACGUUUUCCAGACCAAGAAACGACCGCGACGAAUGACUCUCACGGGCAGCAACGGAAGCUCCUACAUGUAUGUUCUCAAAGGCCACGAAGAUAUCCGACAAGACGAGCGUGUCAUGCAACUCUUUGGCCUGGUCAACACUCUCCUUGAUAAUGACAGCGAGAGCUUUAAACGCCAUCUCUCGGUCCAGCGCUUCCCUGCCAUUCCCUUGUCUCAGAGCUCCGGUCUCUUGGGUUGGGUGUCCAACAGUGAUACUUUGCACGCUUUGAUCAAGGAGUACCGUGAAAGCCGCCGGAUCUUGCUCAAUAUUGAACACCGGAUCAUGCUGCAGAUGGCACCUGACUACGACAGCCUCACUCUUAUGCAGAAGGUUGAAGUCUUUGGCUAUGCUAUGGACAACACUACCGGCAAAGAUCUGUAUCGGGUGUUGUGGCUCAAGAGCAAGAGCUCCGAGGCCUGGCUUGAGCGUCGCACGAACUACACGCGGUCUCUUGGAGUCAUGUCCAUGGUCGGCUAUAUUCUUGGGUUGGGUGAUCGGCACCCUUCGAAUCUGCUGCUCGAUCGCAUGACCGGCCGUGUCGUUCAUAUUGAUUUCGGUGACUGCUUUGAGGUGGCGAUGCACCGCGAGAAGUACCCCGAGCGGGUGCCCUUCCGACUGACGCGCAUGUUGACCUUUGCUAUGGAGGUCAGCAACAUCGAGGGGAGUUACCGCAUUACUUGCGAGGCAGUGAUGCGGGUACUGAGAGAGAACAAAGACUCGUUGAUGGCUGUGUUGGAGGCCUUUAUCCAUGAUCCUUUGAUCAACUGGCGUCUUGGCGCACAAGAGUCGCCCGAUCGCGAGUCUCUUACCUCCGAGCGGCGCCAGUCGAUCAUCGAAGGCAUCCCCAUCGAGAACAAUAAUCUGCAGCCAAGCAACUUCUCUCGCCACCGCCGACCCUCCAUCCUCGAGGGCGGUAUUCUCGAUGCUCAAGAAGGCGUCCCGAACGAGGCUCGCGAGGCACAAAAUGCCCGCGCUUUGCAGGUGCUCGCCCGCGUUAAGGAGAAGUUGACUGGUCGCGACUUCCGACACUACGAAGAACUCAACAUCUGUGACCAAGUCGACAAGCUUCUUGCGCAAGCCACGAAUGUCGAAAACAUCUGUCAACACUGGAUCGGAUGGUGUAGUUUCUGGUGA